CAAUACAGAAUGUUAUGUUUAUAACCAUUAUAUACGCUGACAUACUAUAUUUUCAUUCAUUAGUUGAAUUUGAAAACUCAGACUGUUUCUUGUGAAAGAAAAUUGUUUAAAAUGUCAAAAGAACAAGAGGCUUACCAACAACGAACGGUUGAGGCGGACUCGAACCCACAACAGGGACCGGUCUUCCAGACGCUUGGGACAGAUCAGUUUGGAACAAACGGACAGCAGACUGCUGCAUUUCCAGGACAUACAUAUAAUGCAGUGGUUCCUGGUCCAGUCGCUAGCACAGUCUAUCCGCAGGGCAGCCAAGUAAUAACCGCGAGAGCCAAGAAAUCCGUCGUGGAAGCCUACUUGCUUUGGUUGAUCCUAGGACUUAUAGGAGCUCAUCACUUUUAUCUCAGGAGACCAUUUUUUGGUGUGCUGUACAUAUUUACGUUUGGCCUGCUAGGAUGUGGUUAUCUUAUAGAUCUGUUCAGAAUGCCAUACUUGGUUUCUCAAGCCAAUAAACGACUCGAAGAUUCACGUCUAGAAAAGAAGAAAAAUAUCAGUGAUGCCUAUACACUAUGGUUCCCGUUUGGACUUCUAGGUUUCCAUCACUUUUACUUGAACCGACCAGGAUUUGGUGUUCUUUACUUGUUUACAUUGGGACUUUUUGGCAUUGGUUGGCUGGUGGAUUUGUUUCGUAUGCCGUCCCUUGUCAAGGCCGCCAACGAAGACCCUAAUGUGUUAAAGGAUAAGAGUGUUGGAGCAGCCUAUGCUCUUGGAAUUUCGCCACUCGGAAUCCUUGGCUGUCAUCAUUUUUACCUGAACAGACCAGUAUUUGGCCUGAUCUACUUUUUGACAUUCGGAAAUUUCGGUGUUGGUUGGCUGGUUGACUGGUUCCGUAUUCCAGUGCUGGUGAAGAGGGCAAACAAAGAGAUUGCGUGGGGAAACACGGGAGAAAGACAUGUUGACGACGCUUAUAUCUUAUGGUUUCCGCUGGGUCUAAUUGGAGCACAUCACUUUUAUCUAAACCGUCCACUGUGGGGAUUCCUGUACUUCUGUACAUUUGGAAUGUGCGGUGUGGGUUGGCUCAUAGACGGCUGUAGAAUGUAUUGUCUUGUUAAUGAGUGCAACAAACUGAACGAGGAGAGGAGAAAGUUGCCGAUCCAUCGUGGAUAUGGAGGCAGAGACGGUAUUGUCAUUGCCGCCCCUGGUCUUACCGGCACUGAAGGGUACGCUGCCCCCACCUGUUAUCCACAACAACAGUUUCCACAGCAACAAUAUCCGCAACAACAACAACAACAACAGUUUCCACAGCAACAAUAUCCACAACAUCAACAACAACAUCAACAACAACAACAACCUCAGCAGUACCAGUACCCUCCAGCAUACCAGUACCCACAACAGUCAGUGCCAUCAUACAUGGAACAACCCCCGCCAUACAGCCCAGUGUCAGGACCCGGGCAACCGCAACCCGGAUCCGAGACAAAGUAAAACGGAAACCCGGAACCUGUCCAUGUGGACAUCUUCAGAAUAGACCAUCCAUGACGUUCCAUUGCGGUAUACGAUACUAGUAGACGCACGGAUAACUUUGACUGUACUAUACGCUAUAAAGGGGAACAAUUCAGUCAACACUAACAUUAACUAGAUUAGUUUGAUGUUUCAUGUGCACGUGCAUACAAUUAGAUAGAAACACGUGCAGCUGUUAAUUUCAUUAAAACAUGUGUAGCAUUAUUUCAGUUUGAAUCAGUGAUCAUUGUUGUUGACACUCAUUAUGUUGUUAUUAAAUAUUUUUAAUUUAUGUAUCAUUUGUUAUGUACAUUUUUAUGCCCCCGAAGGGAGGCAUAUAGUUUUUGAACCGUCUGUCUGUCGGUUUGUCAGUCUGUCGGUCUGUCCGCAAUUUUCGUGUCCGGUCCAUAUCUUUGUCAUCGAUGGAUGGAUUUUCAAAUAACUUGGCAUGAAUGUGUACCACAGUAAGACGACGUGCAGUGCGCAAGACCCAGGUCCGUAGCUCAAAGGUCAAGGUCACAGACGUUAAAGGAUAGUGCAUUGAUGGGCGUGUCCGGUCCAUAUCUUUGUCAUCGAUGGAUGGAUUUUCGAAUAACUUGGCAUGAAUGUGUACCACAGUAAGACGACGUGCAGUGCGCAAGACCCAGGUCCGUAGCUCAAAGGUCAAGGUCACACUUAGACGUUAAAGGAUAGUGCAUUGAUGGACGUGUCCGGUCCAUAUCUUUGUCAUCGUUUGAUGGAUUUUCAAAUAACUUGGCAUAAAUGUGUACCACAGUAAGACGACGUGUCAUGCGCAAGACCCAAGUUCGUAGCCAUAACUAUUCAUUCAAAGUGCCAUCGGGGGCAUGUGUCAUCCUACGGAGACAGCUCUUGUUUGUUUUGAUUUUUAACCAUUUCACUGCUGGAAAGAGUACAUAAAACACAGUACUAGUAUGUCAUGACCUGUAGCUGUAGAAUUUCUAAGUAAAUGCCGACCGAAUCAGGGUACUCUUAAGGGAAUGACCAUCUACACCUAACAAAAUGUCUCACUGGUCACUUUCAAAUAUUCAUCUCAGAUCAUGAAUGUCUUUAGAUAUUUAUCACAUCUAAUUUUACUGAAAAUUAAAGUUAAUGAUAGUUCG